AUGCCCGACAUCCCAGUUGGAGGGCAAAUAUUUGACCUCAUCUUCCAUCCCCACGAAUCCCUUGUCUUUACAGGGCUUCUGUCAGGAGAAGUGAAGGCGUUCGGCUACGACGAUCAAGGGAAAUACGAGAGCAAAUUCACUGUACGGCCUUCCAAGAGGUCAUGUCGCGGUGUGGGCAUCAGCGAGGAUGGUAGCCAGCUCUGGGCUGCGGGGAAAGGGAAGGCGCUUCACACGAUUGACACCGCGACUGGUGUUGUAAUAGAUACCCGCGCAGCCGCGCACGAUGUGGCUAUCAACCGCGUGAAGCGUCUCUUGCCUCACUUGCUGUCGACCGGUGAUGAUGACGGCGUGAUCAAAUUAUGGGAUCCGCGUAAAAAAGACGCAAUUCGCGCAUAUACCCACCAUUUCGACUUCAUCUCUGAUUUUCUUUGGCUCAACGAUGCGAAGCAGCUUGUCUCAACAAGUGGAGACGGGACAUUGUCUGUGAUAGACGUCAGAGCCAAGAAGACGGAGCCAUUCGCCCAAUCAGAAUAUCAAGAAGACGAGUUGCUCUCCAUAGUCCCUAUCAAAGGAGGGAAGAAAUUUGCUGUUGGCACACAGCUGGGGAUCUUGUCGAUAUUCAACAGGCGAAACGGGUGGGGAGAUUGUGUAGACCGAAUACCGGGCCACCCACAAUCCAUCGACACCCUUUGCAAUGUCCCUUCCUAUUACCCCUCUUCACAUUCGACUAUUCUUUCUGGAUCUUCUGACGGGCUCCUGCGCGCCGUCCAGCUCUUCCCGACAAAGCUGCUCGGCGUUGUCGCAGACCACGGCGAAUUCCCCAUUGAGCGCAUCGCAGUCGACAGGGCUGGUGAGGGACGGUGGGUGGGAAGCGCAGGGCACGAAGAGGUGCUGAAGUUGACGGACCUGCGAGAGGUCUUCGAGGACGAGAACGAGGAUGAAGAUGGGGACGGUGAUGGGGAGAAGGUGGAUGGAAGCGACAGUGAGGACGGUGAAGAUGAAGAUGCGAAGAAGACGCAACAGAACGAGGAGGACGCGAAUCCGGAGGAACAGGCUGAGGAGAGGGAUGCAGAUUCAAGCGAAGAUGAAGAAGCAGUUUUAGAACGCAAGAAAAGGAAGCGGAAGGAUAAGGACCCGCUUCAUGCAGCGAAGAAAACGAAGCGUCGGAACGAGGUGGAAGCUAAAGCUUCCUUCUUCGCUAACUUAUAG